AGCGCGGCUGGGAAAGACCGGAGAGCUGUCUGCAGCAAGACACGUGAUCAAACACUGCGUCACUCGCGGUUCAAAGUUGAAAGUCAAGAUACAAGAGCCUGUGCUUUUAAUAUAGCUUAGUGCAGCAUGGCGAUUUUCGCAGGGUACAGAGUUCUUUCUCAGGCGUUUCGGCCGCUCGCUUCCAGCCUGGACGGAUCGUGCAGAUCGCUGGAGCAGGCUGGAUGUUUGUACCGUGUCCUCCAAAGCGGACGGCAGUAUGUCCGCCCGGGUGCGUGCGGAGCACGACGUCAGUACAGUUCUGAUGCAAAGUCGGGGGAUGACCUGUGCGUUAGAUAUCUGGACGGGGAAGAUUCAGGGAUCGUUGUUUUUGGAAUCAAUCGGCCGAAGGCUAAAAAUGCAAUCAGCAAAAACCUGGUGAAAAUGAUGUCAGAAGCUGUCGAGGCGGUUAAAGGAAGUAACAAGGUGCGGACUGUAAUCAUCUGCAGUCUCGUGCCCGGGAUAUUCUGUGCAGGGGCUGAUCUGAAGGAGAGAGCUAAAAUGCACCAAAGUGAAGUCGGACCGUUCGUGGCCAAAGCGAGGGGCCUGAUUACUGAGCUCGGUAGCCUCCCCAUGCCCACCAUCGCUGCCAUCGACGGCGCGGCUCUCGGGGGAGGGCUGGAGAUGGCCCUGGCCUGUGACAUCAGAGUGGCAGCUACCACAGCCAAAAUGGGCCUGGUGGAAACGAAACUCGCCAUCAUUCCUGGAGCAGGCGGGACGCAGCGGCUGCCCCGGAUCGUGGGCGUGUCCGUGGCGAAGGAGCUGAUCUUCUCGGCGCGGGCGGUGGGCGGGGCGGAGGCCGCGGCCCUGGGGCUGGUGGGCCACGCCGUGGAGCAGAACAAGAGCGGGGACGCAGCGUACCGACGGGCCCUCGACCUCGCCCGCGAGUUCCUCCCUCAGGGGCCCAUUGCAAUCCGAAUGGCCAAGCUUGCCAUCAACCAGGGGAUUGAGGUGGAUUUAGCGACUGGUUUGGCCAUUGAAGAGGCCUGCUACGCCCAGGUGAUACCAACAAAAGACAGAAUCGAGGGUCUUACGGCCUUCAAGGAGAAGAGAGCCCCCCGCUACAAGGGAGAGUAGACUCGCUGGCCGGUCGAUCAACACAGCUGCUGCCUUCGAUUUUUAUUUCGCAGCUUCUAUCUGAUUUUGAAAGUUAAAAAUAAAAUUAGGCCCGUUGCCAUGGCAGGUGUAACUGCAGCCGAACUUAAACCCGGGUCCCGCAGUUUCUAUGUUUGUUUGUAAGAAGCGGUUCUGCUCAAAAUUCGGCGUGUCCGCGAUUUUUUCAUGAGCUGGCUUUUGGGACGGUUUGAGUAGCGUAAGAACGGACAGUCGAACGGUGCCGGGUCCAGAGGAGGUAACAUUUGGGAAUAUUUACGCCCAUAAUGCUCCCUGACAUAUCAGAAAAUCUCCGUUGCAUGAUUUGAAAAGUGUUUUUUUUUUUUUGUGUUUUUUUUAAUCUAUCACAUAAGUUGCCUUUUUCUUCUUUGUGUGUGAUGAAUUGUUCGUUUAGUCUAGUUCCUUUAUUUGUCUGUGACGCAGAGUUAUCCUGCAGUUCUGUGUGUAACCACAAGGGGCAGAGGUUGGUCGUGUAAGCUUGUGCAACCCUGGUGAAACACGGAUGGACGUUCCCUCUUUAAUCAUAAAAGGACAUUAACAGCAGGGCUAAUCCGUACAUCCGUAGGCUUCGCUGAUUAUAGGAUGACACUAAAAUUAUUUUGCGUACUAAUUUCAGAGAGGCACUUAAUUUGAACUAUUUUUAGAAGAUGAAGUUGAUAUGCGAUGGGAAAAUAAUUUAAUAUAAAUCUGUAAAAAAGUAUUGUCCAGACCACCUUAGUGCUUGGUGGUUCCAGCAGCAUCGUUGCACUGCAGACAUCUGUAUAUAUGAAAACAUGAACCAAAUCUAACAACCGCUACUGUGAACAUGAAUGACUUUCAAGAGCUAGGCUCCAAUCAUUGUUUCGUUGUCUGAAAGGAGAUUCCUGCAUCCAAAUGAGAUCAGCAGAGCACUGUUUCUUGAGCUGUGGGUCAGGACCGUAAAAUCGGUCACAGGAGUGUGUGAGGUGGGAGCGCACAUUUCUGCUCGUCCUCCAUUUUGUUCGUACUUAAUGUGCUGUGUUCAGUGGUUACUGAAACAAAAUGUGAGGAGUAUUGAGCACUAGUUCUGUGAUUGGGUUCCUCUGUAAGUGCUACUGAGACCUGGAACUGCAGCGUUUGGUUCCCCUGUCGCUGUGCUCCAGUAGUUGUGCUGCGUUUCGUGUAAAUCGGUCAAUUUCAGUGUUUUUCUGGUGCUCUGAAGCAGCUCAUCUAUUAGCUAAUGUCACUGAGGGAAAAAGUGCAUUAAAAAUGUCUGCUGAUCAGCGUUUUUAUAAUCUGGCUUCUGGUGUAAAAUCUAGCUUUAUUUCUUUUACAGGCCAGUAAUAUUUUGAACAUUCAAAUUUGUUAAUCUGUAUUGAUAUGUUGUUAUUUCUUUAGUAUCUAAUCCACACUCUGGAACAGCUAUGAAGCAAGCAAACUGGUAUACAUACAGUACUAAUAUGUGACUUUUAAAAAAUAACAUUCAUCGUGCACAUUGAUACAGUGUAUUUAAUGGAACUGUUUGAGCCUGGAACUACUCACGCCAUGUACUGUGUUCAUGUUCAUGCGUUGCACGUUAUUGUCUGUGGAAGCGCUGAUUAAGUGGAAAGAGUGACGGUUUGGCAUCAUUACGAACGUAAACUGCAGUUAUCAUGAGGAGGUGUUACGGUGGCUGUGGUGCGUCGGAGAUUUAAGCCAUUCCCACACGAUCUGUGAGCCUGCCGGGGUGGUUUGGGUGGAAUAAAAACACUUACGCUA